UGAGGGUUUGGCGGGAUUUCUGAAAGUCGCGCGUCUCUGGGCGGAGUGCGCGCUGACCGGGUCCGAGGCAGAGCUGUGGUGUCCCCAGUAGCGUGGCGGGGAAGGAAGGCUGAAAUUUGCUCCUGUUUUUCAUAGAAGACCGACAGAGGGGCUGCGACGGGGUUCGAGCCGGGGACGGGGGUUCUUAGGGCGUGUGCACAGCCGGCCGCCGGAAGGAGCGCGCGGCCCCAAGCCUGCGGGACGGUAAUGGCUAUGCAGAUGCAGCUAGACGCAAAUGCAGAUACUUCAGUGGAAGAAGAAAGCUUUGGUCCACAACCUAUUUCACGAUUAGAGCAAUGUGGCAUAAAUGCCAAUGAUGUGAAGAAAUUGGAAGAGGCUGGUUUCCAUACGGUGGAGGCUGUUGCUUACGCACCGAAGAAGGAACUUAUAAAUAUUAAGGGAAUUAGUGAAGCCAAAGCUGACAAAAUUCUGACUGAGGCAGCUAAAUUAGUUCCAAUGGGAUUCACUACUGCAACUGAAUUUCACCAAAGGCGAUCAGAAAUCAUACAGAUUACUACUGGCUCCAAAGAGCUGGACAAACUGCUUCAAGGCGGAAUUGAGACUGGAUCUAUCACAGAGAUGUUUGGAGAAUUCCGAACUGGGAAGACACAGAUCUGUCAUACACUGGCUGUAACAUGCCAGCUUCCCAUUGAUCGUGGUGGAGGUGAGGGAAAGGCCAUGUACAUUGACACCGAGGGUACAUUUAGACCAGAACGGUUGCUAGCAGUGGCUGAAAGGUACGGUCUCUCUGGCAGUGAUGUCCUAGAUAAUGUAGCAUAUGCUCGAGGGUUCAACACAGACCACCAAACCCAGCUCCUUUAUCAAGCAUCAGCCAUGAUGGUAGAAUCCAGGUAUGCACUGCUUAUUGUAGACAGUGCUACCGCCCUCUACAGAACAGACUACUCAGGCCGAGGAGAGCUUUCAGCCAGGCAAAUGCAUCUGGCCAGAUUUCUGAGGAUGCUACUGCGACUUGCUGAUGAGUUUGGUGUAGCAGUGGUAAUCACCAACCAGGUAGUAGCCCAAGUGGAUGGAGCAGCUAUGUUUGCCGCAGAUCCCAAAAAACCCAUUGGAGGAAACAUCAUUGCCCAUGCAUCAACAACCAGGCUGUACCUGAGGAAAGGAAGAGGGGAGACCAGAAUCUGCAAAGUCUAUGACUCUCCCUGUCUUCCGGAAGCUGAAGCCAUGUUUGCCAUUAAUGCAGAUGGAGUGGGAGACGCCAAGGACUGAAUGAUUGGGGCCUUUUUUUCCUGGUUAAACUUUUAAAUGCUGUAUAGCUAAUGAAGAGGACAGCUCCCUGGGCUUCUUCAGGCUCUUCCUGGUGUGACUGCCAAGGCAUGGCUUCCGGAAAAACAAUUAUUGUAUCAGCUUUCUGGUGGCAGAAACAGCUGGGUCAGUAUUCAAACUGACCUGAAUGCUCAUUUCUUAUAGAGUAUAUUAAUGUCUGGUUUCUUUGGUGUUGGGAGGAGAGAUAGGAUCAGUCUUACGUUUCAAGAGAAGUAAAACUGGAAAGACCUGAGUCUCCUCUCACUUCUCAGUAAUGGUAAAAUAAAAUGUCUGAGAUGUGUAACAAUGGGAAUGGGUGCUUUCUACAUUCUUUUUCUCUAUAUGUAAGAUGCAAGCUUUAAAAUUAUAUGCUUGAAUUCUCACAUAAUUUAAAAAUUGUUUUGGUUAAGGAGUCUUGCAUGAGAUAUGCUAGACUAUCAGCCCAAUGAUGCAUCUUGUUCUUGAAGCAUUUAUCUAAAUUGUUCUAUUAAAAACUCAGGAGUCAAAUAUUGGGGUAAAACCUGAUAGAUCAAGAAAGAAGCAGAGGCCAGACACAGUGUAGCUCAUGCCUUCAAACCUAGCACUCGGGAGGAAAAGGCUGGGUGAUCUCUGAGUUCAAGGCCAGCCUGGUCUACAGAGUGAGUUCUAGAACAGCAAGGUUUACACAGAGAAACCCUGUCUCAAAAACAAACAAACAAACAAAAAAAAGUGGCAGAGUAACAACCAGUUGACCACACUUCCCAGAUCAAAAAAGUCCAUGAAUCUUUCUAGGCCCCUCUCUACUUCUUUCUGUGCCUCUUUGUCAAUUCCUGGGUCCUCCAAACUCUCCAUGGCUAAUUCAAAUAUUCUACAAUAUAUCCUUUUAAUUACUAAGAAUUCUCUUAAGCAUAUUUGUUCUGUGUCUGCUAAUAAAGUAGCUAUAUAUAGUAA